AUGUGGGCUACACGAUUGUCUGCCAACCGCGGGGUUGCUCCUGAAGAGCGACUUACCCAGGCUGAGCUCUGGCAAGGAGUGAAGCGCGGCGCUCGCCAUCCGGGCGAGUUUGCAGCACACGUUCAAAGCUGCACCGUGUUGUCUGGCGGCAGCAACGCGUUUGUGCGUGAGAUCGUUAUCGGGGAUGGCGGGGUGCACGCGAAGAAUGGCAAGAGCAUGAUCCAAGAAGUGUUUCUCCAAGACCAUCUCUAUUUGCUAGCGACCACGCGUGAGAGCGGGGCCAAAACCACGAUGAUGGUGGGGUAUGGCUGCGAUGCAGCAUCUCAAGAAGAAGAGGAGCUCGAUCCCUAUCUGUCGCUCUACUACGAGCUGGUCAUGGGGACCGACUCCCCCGAGCCCGGAAGCCAGGCAGAGCGCGAUAUCAUUAAUGGCUACAGGUCUCUCGCCAAGCAGAUCUUGGAAGACAGCGUCCGGCUGAUCCGAACAUGGAAGAUGAACGGGAGGCUGCAGGAAUUGGCCAAGCAGGAGAAAGAAGGCACGAACGGGGUGGCAGCUGUAGCUUAG